AUGAAUCAUAUCGAUACACUCAGACUGAUGAGUGCUACUCGAAAUCAUAUUCAUUAAGAAUAUGGGGAUCAUCAACCUAUAGAAGAAUACAAUAAAGUAUUCAUUCUCCAUAAAUCAGGGGAAAAUGAGAAUGAAAAUUUAUAAUAAAAUCAAAUAAGAGAUACUACUAAUGACUUAAAUUAUAAGUCUCUUAAAGAAUCAAGAUUUGAAAUGAUUAAAAAGUAAUCAAAACGGAAUGCAAACUCAAAGACACCAUUCAGAUUAAAAAAGGAGAGUUUUACUAGUUUUAAAUCUCCAUUUUUGGCUCCAGUUGUUAAUAUCUAUGGGAAAUCUUCAAAUAAGUUUCCUAAGUUUGUCAAAAAUAAGAAGAUAAAAAGUAGUGUCAGUCAACUUGAGGAUUAAAAAAGGAAUUAAAGCUCAAAUAGAGUAAUUCUGCCAUCCAUAAACGCAUCUAUUAUUCCUAUUGUAAGCUAGAAUUAGUAGCUUGUCAAUCCAUUUUCAAUAAUUUCUUACAAAAAGAUGCCUUCAACACCAGAAAAGAAUAUAAAUCUUAAGAACAUUGAGGAUAAUGUAAGAGAUAAAUAAUUAGAAUAAAUUUAUGAGGACUAAUAGGUACAAAGUCAAAAGAGCUCAUAGAAAAUCUUAAAGCAUUCAGAGUCAGAUUUACUUAAAAAAGAGCGAAAAGGUGUCUUUCUGCUACUGAUUGCAUACCCGGAUGUUCGAAAAUGCCUAUUAGAAAGAGGAUGGAGAGAAGAAACAAACAAAAAUAGCCCUCAUAUUGACUUGAAAUUUUCAUUGAACUCUUAAGAUAUAAUGUAUCCUAUUAUGAAAAAUAACUGUCUCGUAAAUCAUAAUAGAGGAGAAGGUAGCAUUACUUGCAAAAGUGGACUUAUUGAAUCACUUAACGAUUCUCCUGAGUUUUGGAUUCAAUGGCAUUGCAUGAAUCAAGUUUAUUAAGAUAAGGUUGUUGAAAGGGAUGAUCAAGAAGAAAUAAUAAAAGGCAAAGAGUAUCCAAUUCAAAAUAUUAAUAAAGGAAUUGAUGCAUUUUAUCCUUAGAGUUUUGUACUUACUAGCGGAAGAGACUUUUAAGAAUUUCAAAAUUACUUUUGGUUUACCUAUGCAGAAGGCUAUGUGAAGUAAUUUAAUAAAUCAUUUGAAAAAAAUAAGGAUGAUUAUCAGAAGAUAUAGGCUGAAUUCCUUACAGAGAAACUAUUAGUUUCAAUGAGCAUAGUCAAUAGAAGAAUUGCUAAUAUUGAUCUAGUUAUCGAGUAAAAGGGAGUGAUGUAUACAGGCCAAAGUAUUUUAAAUGAUGAAGUGCUGUUUCUCUCAAAGGCAGACUAUCCUAAAAAUUAUCUUCAACAUAUAAGGAAAGAGGAUUGGUAUAGUAAAAUUUCGAAUCAAUUCCCUUAAUUCAAAAAGUUGAAAUAAAAAAAAGGACUUUAAUCUGAACUAAAUGAAUAAUUACAGUAAUAUCUUGAAAAUCUUUAUCACUACUGUAAGGAAUUAAUUAGAUAGUUGAGAUAUAAUUACCCUUAAACCAAUUUAAAUGGUUUUUAAAAUGUAUGGAUUGUGAAGCCAGGAGGAUUAAGCAGAGGGAGAAACAUUAAAAUAUUUGACUAGUUCACAGAUAUCACAAAUUAUGCUGAGAUAACUACAACAAUUAAUAAUAACGAGGACAAAUAGAUUUCUAGUUUUGGGAGUAAAUCUUGGGUAGUACAAAAGUAUAUGGAGAAUCCAUUGCUAAUUAGAAACAGAAAAUUUGAUAUAAGAGCUUGGGUAUUAGUGGCAUGUUGGAACCCUCUCUAGAUAUUUCUUUACCAGGAAUGCUAUUUCAGAUUUUCUGCUGUUGACUAUGAUUCUUAAAACAUUAAGAAUCUAUUUAUUCAUUUAACAAACAAUUCAGUUAGUAAAAAUUUCUAACCCAAAAAAGAUCAUAUCGAUAGUUUCCCAGAAAAUAUGUGGGGCUUGUCUGAUUUCAAAAACUUUAUAAACAAGAGAUAGCACAAAUAUUUUGGAGAAGAUUGUUUCUACAAUGAUGUCUGGAAUGAAUUUUUUUAGCCAUAACUGGAGGAAAUAAUCAAAAUUAGUCUUACAACUGCCUGGGAAAAAGUAGAGUGGCGUAAAAAUGCUAUUGGGCUGUACGGGUAUGAUGUGAUUAUUGAUGAUGACUGUAAAAUGUGGUUGCUUGAGAUAAAUAAGUGUCCAACAAUGGAGCACUCUACUAAAGUCACAAGUAAUCUUAUUCCAAAGAUGUUAAAUGAUAUGGUAAAAGUGAUUAUUGAUUGGAAAUAAGACAAGAAUGCCGAUACCGGUGAUUACAAACUAAUAUUUGAAUCUCCCUACGUUAAGGAAUAGUAGGAUUUGAUAUAAAAAUAAGAAUUGAUUAUUCAAGGAAAAGGUUUGAAAAAACCUUGA